AUGAUGCGAAUGGAGGAGGACUAUAACAAAAACGAGCCUGCAAAAUAUGUUGGAUUCGUCGCCAAGUACGAGUGCACCGAGUGCCAGGUGGUCACCAGUGAUGUUCAGACGUACUGCCGCCACAUGAGCGCGCACAAGUACGGGCUCGCGGCCAACGACCACUUGGAGAGCAUCAAGCCAACGUACAGCUGCAACUAUUGCGAUUACAGGAGCAAUUACUCUUCCAACAUGUACAAGCACGUGCGCCGAAUGCACGGCAAGGAGGGCACUCGGCACUUUUUAGCGCAAAGCCGGGGCUUCGCGAGCAUCACACGCUCCGAGGAGGCGCAAGAUAAAAGCCCGGUGUGGCCCAGGGGUAGGUCCGCCCCUUACACGUGCCCGAAUUGCAACGCCGGCUACACGUACAAGAAGACACUGAUGACACACCUGACCCACGACUGCGGUAGGGAGCCCAGAUUCAGAUGCCCGUACUGUGGCAAACGUGACAAGUGCUCGUCCAACAUUUACAAACACGUGAGGAUCAAACACGGAGGCUUACCGGUCAAGGUCCACAGAAAUUGA